AUGGAUCAAUCAUUCGGCCUCGUAUCCUACGACCCAUACAUUGAGGCUGAGCAUUUCGCCCUGAAACUCAACUCAGCCCGGCACAACCGAGACGACCACAGGACACGCCCGCGGCUAACUACGCCAUCGACCAUGUUUCCAUCAUCAUUCGUUGAUCGUUGGUCACGAAGCAUCAAGACGCGCCGACAUGAGCAGCUCCAUGAUUUCCCCAACUACCACCUUUCGAACCCUGAGGAGCUCGUCACAACAAGCAACCCUCAGUCCAUCACUGUCGGCAGUGGCGUGUCCAUCUACAAGCAGACACUGCUGCCAGCAAUCCUUACAGCUCAUCAUGAAGUUAUCCUUGUGACCUGUUUCUGGGCCGAAUCCGACACCCUGCGAGCGCUUCACGAGACGCUUCACGAGCUGGCCAAACAUCGACGCGAGACCAUCGCCUCCAAUGCUGACAGCUCCGCCUUGCCACGUCUUCGCAUUCGCAUCGGCUUCUCCUCGCGCUCGUUCUUCCAAAAGAUAUUCCACCCAUGGUCUCGCGAUGGUCACGCCUACCGUCCCUCUGCCUGGGCCAAGCUGGGUCUGCCGCCCGACGAUGUUUUGAAGGCGGCCCGCAUCGAUCUUUCCGUUAAGAGCCUCUUCUUCUUACCGUUCAGCGUCAUGCACCCCAAGUUUGUCAUCGUCGACCGUGAGCGCGCUUUCAUGCCGAGUUGCAACAUUAGCUGGGAGGUGUGGUUUGAGGGAUGCGUCGAAUUCACCGGCCCAGCUGUCGAGCAGCUGCUGCGGUUCUAUGCAAGUGUGUGGGACGGCAAUGUACGGCAGGUCGCCGACUGGGACGACAGCCGGACCCGUGAUGCCCAGUCGAUACCGCCGAUCGAGCCGACCCGGAACGAGCCUGACUCGGCUUGCCAGAAGCGGCUACUUGACCCAACGCCAACACCCACCAUGAUCCUCCCAUCGUCUCAUCAUGUCAACCCUAGCUUCCGUUACAUCCCUUUCCUCGGCCGCCUGACCUCCCCGGCAACCCCUCUGAAUGCUGCUCUCCUCGACCUCUUCGCUUCGGCUCAAACUCAGAUUGAUAUCAUCACGCCAAACCUCACCUGCCGCGCCGUUGUCGACGCGCUCCUCGCAUCACUUGCUCGUGGCGUUAACGUCCGCAUUCGCACGAGCCGGAACAUGAUGCUGAUCGAGCAGCUCGUCACAGCCUGCACGACGACAGAGUGGACCAUACGGUCCCUCAUCAAUCGCUACGAAGCCUUGACGGCGUCCUGGACUUCGCGCGCCUUUGAUAUGGAGGCCCAACGUCAGCGACCUGGCCGUCUUGAAAUUUACUACUACCGCCCAGCCACCAAAAGCCCAGACGAGCCGGUGGUGUCGCAUCUCAAAAUGACACUGGUGGAUAGAGAGUAUCUGAUGCUCGGCUCUGGCAACCUUGAUCGUGCGAGCUGGUACACGAGCCAGGAGCUGGGCAUCCUGCUCCAUGUACCGGGAUUCGAACAUGACAUAUGGUCCGCUGUGCUCAAUACGCGGAUGGACGUGCGAUACAGACUGGAGUGA